ACAACUUCAAAUAUAUAAAAAAAAUCCUCAUGGGUUUUUUUUAUCGUAAAGUGGAAGUUGUGUACAUGCAUUCAUGCAGAAAUCUACGAUCGUUGUAAUUUAACAAUCUUGAAUCGAUUUAUCCGGUAACCCUGGGUUUAAAUUCUGAGCCAGGUGAACGACUGGGGAAUUCUACGUCCUUGUUCCAAGCUAAAUCGUAUUCUAAGAUGGGGGAUAACUAUGUAAUGGUUGCUGCAAUUGAUUUCGGAACAACAUACUCCGGUUAUGCGUUCUCAACAAGGGAAGAGUUCAAGAAAGAUCCACUGAAGAUCCAUGCCAAUCAGGCCUGGGUAUCUGGUCAGAAGUAUCUCCUGUCACUGAAAACACCAACGUGCCUUCUAUUGAGGAGAAAUGGAAAAUUUGUGUCGUUUGGAUUUGACGCUGAAAACAGAUUUUCUGACAUCACCCUCGACGGAAAACAAAAUGAAUAUUUGUACUUUAACAGAUUCAAAAUGAAGCUGCACAACAAUAUGAAACUAACCAGGGACAUGAUGCUGGAAGACAUUUCACAAAACAAAUUCCCAGCAAUCCAAGUGUUUGCUUUGUCCAUUGAGGCUCUCAAGGAUCACUUGCUAGAUAUACUGAAGACGCAAGGUUUAGAAAUCAAAACUGACGAGAUUAGAUGGGUUCUCACUGUACCAGCAAUAUGGUCAGAUCCAGCCAAGCAGUUCAUGAGGGAAGCAGCAAAAAUGGCUGGUUUGGAUAAGAGGUUACAUAUUGCUUUGGAGCCAGAAGCAGCCUCGCUGUUUUGCCAGCAUCUACCGGUGGAGAGAUUAGUUGGAGCCUCUAAAGGGUUUGGGGUCUCUAGAAAAGGAACCAAAUACAUGGUUAUUGACUUAGGAGGUGGGACUGCAGAUAUAACUGUACAUGAAAAGUUGGAAGGCAACAAAUUAAAAGAGCUUUUCAAAGCAAGUGGUGGUGCAUGUGGAGGCACAUCCGUAGACACCCAGUUCUAUUCCACCAUGACACGGAUAUUUGGUGGCGAAGUCAUGCACAGUCUUCAAAAGGAAAGGACUUUUGCCUAUAUGGAUUUGGUGAGAGAGUUUGAGACAGCUAAGCGUGUAUUGAAACCUGAAGAAGAAGGUGAUAAAAAAGUGAAUCUUACAAUUCCGUAUGUAACUUUGAAUGAAAUAUGUAAAGAGGUUCUUGAGGAAGAACUGGGAGAUGUAUUGAAACAAUCAACAUUGAACGACGAUAUAUCAUCAUUGGGCGACAAAUUUCGUAUCAAAGUGUCCUACAUGAAAAACAUGUUUCAGAGAACAAUUGAGGAUAUUGUGCAGCAUAUUAAGAACAUUCUACAAAAAACAGAAGCCGAGGAUGUGUCCAGACUCCUCUUAGUUGGUGGAUUUUCGGAAUCGCUUCUCAUUCAAGAUGCUGUAAAGAAAGCAUUUCCCAAAAUGCAAAUCAUCAUCCCCGAGGAAGCUGGAUUGGCAGUUUUAAAGGGAGCAGUAAUUUUUGGACACCAACCAGAUUCAAUUUCAUCUAGAGUUAUAAGAUAUACCUAUGGUGUCCGAAUCACACCUGAAUUUGAUGAUUCAAAGCACAGAAAUGACAAAAAAUUUAUGAUGAACGAUGUGCCACACUGUGCAGAUGUCUUUUCGCCUUUCCUUAAAGCCGGCACAGAAGUCCCUGCCAAUCACAAAGUGGUGGAUGCGUACACAACCACCAAACCAUUUCAAGACUCCAUGCCAGUAGUAAUUUAUUACUCAGAAAAGGAGUCACCUAUGUAUGUCACAGAUGAUGGCUGCAAGAAGCUUGGCGUCCUUGAUGUUAAAGUCCCAAAUCCCUCAGCAGACGACCACCAUUUGGCAGUUCAAUACCAGUUUGGAGAUACAGAACUUCACAUGCUGGCAGUGGAAGUUCAGUCAAAAUCGCCAUGCUCCGCCAAAUUUGAUCUUAUCUGACUUCGAACUUUAAUAAGAAUGUGUUUGUCUUUUUGAUGAAAAGGGGGACAGAUUUGACAUUUAUAUAUCAUAUAUAGGAAGUAAUCUACAUAUAUUGUCUAUUUUUUAUAUUAACUGUUGAUUUUCAAAAAACUGGCCAUCACAUUUCAUGAUCUAAAAAAAAUGUGGUGGUAUAAUGAAUUUGGUGAUUGAAUGAAUUUUAUCAUUAAUCAAUCACUUGAAUGUAAAAAAAAAAAAAAGAAAAAAAGAGUGCAUUUGUUGUGUAAGGGACAGCAGAGCAAAUGAAUGACUGUAUGUGGCAUACUCUUUCAUGCUAAAGCCAUGACUGCAUGUCUGAACAAAAAAAGGUCAUAUUUAGAUAUUUAUCAUAUCUAGAAUUUACCUGGACUAUUAACACCGUUUCAAAUUAUACCUGCAAUGUACCGUAUAAACUCGCCUAUAAGUCGGAUUUUAGGGAGCUAAAAAUUGGUCCAAAACUCUAUAUCCGACUUAGAAGCAAGUCCCAAGAAGAUAAGCAUUUUUCUGGCCAGCAUAAUGUAUAGUAUUUUUGAACAACUUUGUACUCUGUCGAUUAUCAUGAUUAAUGUUGACGUGACAUAUUAUAUUAUUCAUGUAUUCUAGGAUUAUAUGCAUAAAGUACAAGUAUUUACAUAUUUUAAUGAUUCAAUUUGUCUCAAGUGUAUAUUACUGAAAAUGAUUUGUUGAUGAAAUGAAUAAAUAUCAGUGCAUUUCACAAAAUAUUAUUUGAAAAAAAGGUGAAAAUGUUAGAGCAUUGGUUUGAAAUUGUCGACCGAUUCUUGAAAAAAGUUAUACCGACUUGUAAGCAGGUCAAUGGCAAAUCCCUCCAAAAUAGGCUACAAAAUAAACAAUUGACUUAGAGGCGAAUCGACCUAUAGGCGAAUAUAUACAGUUAGGUGACAACCAAUUAACCCAUUCAUUAAUCACAUUGGACAUGUGUUAUGAAAACUGGGUAGUGGAUAGUGGUAUGCAGAUUUGAUGUUAUAGAAAUUUGAAUAUAGCAUAAUUGUGAUAAUGAUUCUCUUUAUUAAUUUGAAAAGAUAACAAUAUGUUUGAUGCACAGUUUUUAAUUUCAUAUGAUAUAAAACCAGACAUCCUUAUACGUACUUAUACAGAAUGUAGUUUUCAAUUGUAUUAAUAAUAAAGAAUGAAAUGAAAUGGAAGAAAAA